CUCAGGGUGGCUUUGUUGGAGCUCUUGGAUUAUGUGCUGUCUCGCUUGAACGUGCAUUUUCUCUACUCAGCGACAAUGCCGUCAGCAUCGAAAAUUUGGAGGAUGCGGACAUACCAACCACAGCACGGAAGACUCGUUUCCAGACACCAAAGACGCUCAACAAGGCUACUGGCAAGGAGACGGGAACAGAGCAUGCAUUCUCGGUCGUUAAAUGGGGGAUGAAAACUGCCGCAUUUGUUUGGGCAGCAAAAAAGAAGGGCCCGGAAGCAACACACCUGACGGCAUCCAUUGCAUACAAGCACCUGAAGAAGCCUGGUGCAAGCAUCAACUCAGACGAUGAAAUGGAUGACCAUGAAGAUGUCUGGUAA